AUGGACGAGGUUCGUCCUUGCAGGUGUUUCCUUGGGAUCGGCAUUGACGAGUACAAGGAGGACUCCCUUCAGAAUGCAGUUCGAUCUUCGCUCUGCGUAGGCGGAGCCUUUCAGAAGCUGGGGUAUCACGCCACCCACGGCUCCAACAUUCGAAGUCGGGUCGACUGGGACGGAAAGGUGAGCGAGCUGAGGGAGAAUGUCGACUGCAUGACCUCUGUCAUUGCAUUCUACUUCGCAGGGCAUGGAGCUGUGACUAAGGACAAGACCUUGCGACUCUUGUUCGGGGAUUCAUCGCAUGGCACCGUUAAGCAAAAUCACCAGGGCAGCACGGCUUUAAAUGAUGAUGUGAGCAUCUCAAUGGACGACUUGAUCAAGCAGUUGAUGCACCUGCCAAUGGCCGAUGAUGCCUUCCUGCUCGUUCUCCUGGACAAUUGUCGCACAGAGACCAGCACAAGUUGGCACGAGACCUGUGGCAGGUCACUUCAGCACAAGUUCAGCCGGAGCUUCACGGUAGUCUAUGCCACGGCUCCUGGCAAGUGGGCUCUUGACGGCAACGGCUCGCAGAUCAGCCCUUUGUCCUACAGCCUGCAGCGGCGAAUGUCGGAAUCGCAGCCGCUGGCUGCAACCUACAACCUCAUUGUCAACGACGUGAAGUCUUACUCGAAGAAUUUAAUGAACAUGAGCCAGUUAGUGCAGACCUUCACAUGUGGAAAGUCUGAUGAGGGGGUCUUUCAAGCAAUUCCUGGCACGGGAGUGUCAAUGUCUUCCAGCACCCUGUUGCCACUGUCAGAUGAAGCCUCCGUGGAUUCAACCGCCCUGCAGCCGACAAAAUGCUGGUGCUGCAAAGUCUUGACGGUUUUCAUCAUGCUGAUCCUUGCAAUCUUUGUCGGUGUGUACCUCUCGAUGUCAAGCCUUCAGCCUCGCGACUGCAUCCUCAACGACUGGAGCGAUGACGGUCCUUGUAGCAAAUCCUGUGGUGGAGGGCGGCUGAUCCAGCGACGGUCGGUGAAAACUUCCUCGGCUCACGGUGGGCGUUGUCCGGACCUCUCCAGUUCUGAGAGGCAGCGGGAAGUUCCAUGUGCGGUCUUAGCAUGCCCCUGGGAUUGCUGCUUCUACGACUACUGCCCUGUCCAGUGUGACUUGCGGUGCAGCUCAUGGACGUGCGAGGCCCUGGUAAACAUGACGGUGUGUGACUUCGGCGUGGGGUUCUCCUCAAUCACAGCAGAUGCGACGAUUGUAGGUCGGCCUGUUACUUGGACAGUUUUCAACUAUGCCAUUCAUCGCUCUGGUAUCAGCUUACAUGAUCAUGGGUUUGACAAGACUUUCGUGCACCGCUUGAACUUGUCCUUUGAGUCUCCCUCGCGUGUGGCGUUUUGUCGGUGCCUGGGAGAUUAUGCAAGGUCCAUCCUCAACAAAAGGAUGAGGACCAAUUGUGAAGACGUUAGUGAAGACAAUUCGACCAUGAGCUUCCGGGACCUCCAUGGAGCUGACCGGUGCACCAUGGACGCGUCUUUCAGCGCGCAUCUCGACCAGCUGAUCGGGCGGCUGAAGCUCGAGCCUCGCCUCAAAGAGCGGAGGGCAAGGGGGGAAGUUGUGCAGCACUACGAGCGGGAUUGUGCAUCCAUUAAAGCCAGCCUCGCCGAGAAGCAGGAGGCGGCGUUAUCACCCGUUGCGAGACCGCAGUUCUUGCGGCUGACGGCUGGCAAGAAGGUGCCCGGCUUCGAUUCCAACGAGGUUUUUUUCGGCAAGUCGCCCUAUUCUCCGCACAACUGGAGACCGACGGCGGCGGACUCGGACUCCAGCGAGGAGUUCGAACCCCAGAGCAAGAUCCACCGGCGGUUGGCUUCGAAAUCUGCUGCUUCGGACCUGGACGUAUCCGAUCGAGAGACCGUAACGUCGACGGAUUCUUUGGAGCUGAAAACGCCGAAGGGGCCCUACCACCCACCUCACCUGCCGGACUGCCUGGGAGUUAUCAAAAUCUUGGACGCGUGA